CCGGGCCCGGCCGAUUGCAGUAUUUUGUUCAAAACUGAUUUCAACUUGCUUCAAAUGGACCAAACGUUUUUUAAAUCAUGCAUGUCAGGCAUUUGGCGGCACUGUUGGUUUGGCGAGUAAAGUUAAUAAGUUACAUGCAUAAUAAGUUUCAGUCAGUGCAUGUUCGCGAUUAUUGCAAUAAAGUGAAACAAACCACUGGGUUUAGAGGUAUAAUCUUUAAAUCGAGAAAUUGUGACUCCAAAGCAGUCAACGUUGAAUCAGUUCCUCACUUUAUCCAAUGCAUUCACUACCGAUUACAAAGAUACUUUACAAGCACACUGGCCGUGAACUCGUUGAACAUGUAAACCCAUUACAUUUUAAAUGCAGGGGUAUUUAUAUAUCUACAGAUGGCUUCUUUUCAAAAGUUCAUUACACGUCACGACUGCUUCUGCUCGAACAUCACUGCUUCAAAAUGAAACUCGCUCUCUUGAUUCUCGUUAUCUUUGCUGUUGGAGCCACUGCAACAAGUGAGGGUCUAUUGAAGCGUCUCUUCACCCUGCUAGCAGAGGAAAAUAGUGAAGAGAUCGAAGGUGGGAGAUUUGAGAAAAAGUCAUGGGAUAGUGUCAAAUCUCAAGUUGAAGAACCUGAAGAUCUUAAAGAGUGUUGUGCAGACAUAUGCCAGCGUACAGGAACAAAGUGCUGGAAGUGCAAAGUUUACGAUGAUUGCCCAAAAAUAGAUUACGGUUAUAACGAAGACAAAUGCAGGAAAUGCAAAGACUGGGACAGAAACUAUGUUAAUGGACAAAAAUAACAAUCACAUUUUUAUAAUUCUCGAUAUGAACUAACAGUCUUUAGAUUGUAUUUUAGCGAUUUUGUUUGAUUCUGUAAAAUGCACGUGGAUUUAGAUGACGACAUGUUUAGUUUUUAAAGUCUAAACAGCAUUGUUAUAUUAAUGAACCUAUUAACUUUGAUAAUAAUAAAACACCACAAAUGUGUAUGGAUAAUAAAACGAGUUUUAUUUGUAUGUGUUGAAUCUAACAGACACGGGUUUGCAGUACGCAAAGUAUGAUACACGAACACAGUUGUGUUGACAUUGUUAUGAUUGAGUGCAAUCUAUGCCUAAUGGGUUACUUCAAUUUGAUUGAAUUAUUCAAACUAUUGAGCACUUUCAAGAUAUAUCAUAGUCGGGAUUUUAAAUAGUUAUGUUCAAUAACCUA